AAAAGGAGGCGAAUGGGGAAUCAGGUGAUCGUCAGCAGCAGCCAGGCUGUCUCGCCAGCAAUUGGCAACGAACAAAUCGAUUUCAUCCACAGCCUGGGCCGGGAUGCGCUUCACACCCUCGAGGACACCGGCAGCAUCAGAUCCUCGGCCCUCUUCCUCGCACAGAUAGACUUCUCACCCGCCGUCCUCCGGAGUCGCCUGGGGCGGUCACUCGCAGCAAAGGGGCUGGAGGGUGUGAUUCAAUUUGACCAACAGCUGGACGCGAAGCUGCUGCUGAAGGCCAUCUGGCUGGUGGACACGCAGCGGUGGACGGAAGUGGCCAAUGCGCUCCGGCUGGCGGCGCAGAGGCGCUUCUGUCAGCUGCCGGUCAACCUCACGGUGCAAGACAUGGAGAGGCACCCGACCAAGCAGGUACGUACGUACAUGACUCAAGAAGACGGGCAGAGGGAAGAUGCAAGGGUGUGUGCGUGUUGUGUGCGUGUUGUGUGGUGCUCAUGUAGGGGUUUGCUUAGCCGAUGUGCGCGUGAUUGCGUUGUGGAAGCUGGUCGGCAGACACGUCAACUUCGGCGGCAACUCCGGCCGUUUUGAGCUGUUCGACCAGCCGGGCGGCGGUGUGCGUGCCAUCAAGGACAAGCCCGGCUACGAGCUGGACAUCAACCCCCCCCCUCCCCCCCGCCCACCCAUACCACACACACGCCAUCAACGACAACCCCCCCGUCAGAUCCUCACAAACGGCCGGUAG